GAACAGCUCUUAGUCGGCUCCAGCGGGAUUACGCAGCAUUGGUCUGGAGGCGGUCCCUCCGCUCCUUUCCUGAGUGCUUAUAUUAACGCUGGUGGCCAAUUGGAGCACUACCGGCUCACCCACCAGUGCAAACUUCCAGGUCGUUAGACCAGCGGUGGGACCGGCGCUCAAGGACAGAACUGCGACACUGCAGAAUGGACGCCGUUUCUGAAGCCAAUGGCAACUUUGCCUUCCGCCUCUUCAAGGAACUCUGUCAAGACAACCCGGACAACAACGUGUUCAUCUCUCCCAUGAGCAUCUCCUCUGCUCUGGCCAUGGUCCUCCUGGGUGCAAAGGGCAACACCGCAGCCCAGAUGGCGCAGGCACUUUCUUUGAGCACAGGGGAAGACGCGCACCAGGGCUUCCAGUCACUUCUCACCCAUGUCAACAGGCCGGAUGCGCAGUACCUGCUUAGAACUGCCAACAGGCUCUUCGGAGAAAAGACCUGUGAAUUCCUCUCUUCGUUCAAGGACGCCUGUGUUCAGUUCUACCACGCGGAGCUGGAGCAGCUUUCCUUUGCCCAGGCUGCAGAGAAGUCCAGGAAACACAUCAACGCGUGGGUCUCCAAGAAGACAGAAGGUAAAAUUAAUGAGCUGUUGCCAGCCGGUGCCAUUGGUGUUGAAACCAAGCUGGUUCUUGUCAAUGCUAUUUACUUCAAAGGACGGUGGGACAGUUUGUUUUACAAAACUUGCACAAAGGAAAUGCCUUUCAAGAUUAACCAGAAGGAGCAAAGGCCAGUGCAGAUGAUGUAUCAGGAUUCCACGUUGAAAACCUCCUACAUCAAGGAGGUGCAGGCGCAGGUGCUGGAGCUGCCCUACGAGGGGGAGGAGUUGAGCAUGAUUGUUCUACUUCCGGAUAACGGUGUGGAUCUCAGUGUGGUGGAGAAGAAUCUCACUUUUGAGAAGUUCACAGCUUGGACAAAGCCGGAGUGCAUGAGGAGUACUGAAGUGGAAGUGUUGCUUCCGAAGUUUAAACUGCAGGAGGAGUACCACAUGGAGUCGGUGCUUCAGCAGUUGGGAAUGGCAGAUGUCUUCCAGCAGGGCAAGGCCGACCUGUCAGCCAUGUCAGCGGAGACAGACGUGUGCUUGUCUAAGUUUGUGCACAAGAGUUUCAUCGAGCUGAGUGAAGAAGGCACAGAGGCUGCUGCGGCAAGUUCUGCCGUCCUGGCUCUCGAAUGCAUGGAAUAUGGGGGACUCGAGUUUCGUGCUGACCACCCCUUCCUUUUUUUCAUCAGGCACAACAGAACCAACAGCCUUCUGUUCUGUGGCCGGUUCUCAUCUCCAUAAGGGGUGCACGUCCCGUGCCUGAGAGAAUACGCCUCUCUGUGUGUCUCUCUACAUUCUCCUUUACGCUGCAUGCCAGCGGGCCAGCCAAGUGCAGACAUGGGCAGAUUCCACCUAAACAAUCUCAUGGUGCUGCAUACUCAGCACUUCCCAUGUUGGACACUCACUUAACUCCAAUUAAUCAACCACGUCAUAUGGAUUGCCUAUAUUUAGGACAUGGACCAAAUUCCAAAGAACAGCAUGUAAAGUUUUCCCAGGUGGCUCUAAGCGUGUUUCUCACUCAUUGCACAUACAAUUCAUUCUCAUCAAGUUGUGCUUUCUUGGGACUUCACGCUUACUGUAACCUCUCUCAGUAGCAAUAAAUGCUGUUAGAUAU